UUUGCCAAGGGUUUCCCGCUCUUUUUAGUAACAGCUGAUUGCAGCUGAUUCACAGACGCUUUUUUCGGAGCAGUCGAUCUUCGCGAAGGGUUUGAUUAUUUUCAAAUCGGAGACAAUCGGACACUAUGGGACUAUUCAAGCCGAGGAUCAAUGGAAUUUUAUUGAUUGUCAUUGUUCAUCAUACUCUUGCUCAAAUAGCGGGUGCUAAUUCCUUGCAUUAUUUAGAACCUGGGGAUUCAGUAGAAAAUACAAAACCUGGAUUACGAAUAUUCUGCCACAAUGCGAAGUCCAAAUACCUCAUUCACCUUUGGAGAACUUUAACGCUGAGUUUACAUACUGACUUGGAUACAUACGAGCUUUACGAUGGUAAGAGUCCCCCCGAGGUUGUGGAGAAACACGACCUCAGCCAACGAUCAUGGAGAUUUAAUUGGUUUGGUACAAAAAAGAGUAAGCAGAUGAAGAUGAAUCCUUUCGAGGACACUUGCAUCGGUGUCUACACACCCCCAGCCAAUAAUUAUCGUUACAAGAUGUCGAUGACAUUAACAAGUAUUGAUGUCUGGCGAUUAGCACUCACACUCGGAGGAACGCUUCUCUUCUGGUCUGCCCCAAAACUCAGUCGAAAUGCAUUAUUUUAUUACAUCACUGGAAUUACUCUGGGAGAUGCUUUUUCAGUACUUAUUCUUAUUUGGUUCAUCAGUAAAUUUUUUGGAAGGGGGAAAGCAAUGUACCUGAUAAUUGCCAGUGGUUGGACUCUAAGUACCUGGCUGGCAAACAUCCUCUGGGAGAACGCCCAAAUAAUUCUUUUGCAGUACAGAGAUUACGUUCUGUGGUAUCUACUGACUACUUCGUUCAUCAGUUUUAUUAUAUGCUAUCGGAUUGGACCGGUAACUAACACAAGAACAAAAAACAUUAUCCAGUGGUUUCUUCAGGGUUCAGGACUACUUAUGAUAUAUUUUAGCAGCUAUUUUCAUGAAGCUUCUACGGGCAUUUGUGUUCUCAUAAUUAUUCUCUAUAAUUUUCCAAUCGUUGUCUUCCAGAAAGGAAAAGUUUACUGUCAGAUAUUGAUACUGAGAUCAUACUUAAAUUAUAAUUCAAUCAGGAACUCGAUGUUUCCCGAACGUCGAAGAUUACUAACAGAAGACGAGUACAGAGAACAGGGUAUUAAAGAAACUAAAAAGGCACUAGGAGAGUUGAAGAAAUAUUGCUCGAGUCCAGAAUGUAGUCCCUGGAAAACAGUAUUGAGAUUAAAAGAUCCCAUAAGGUUCGCCCAAUUUAUGGAGGGUUCACCUCAUCUCUCUUCCGAUGAGCGUUACGAACACGAUGUAGAACUCACAAAACUCAUCGAGGAGUGCGAAUACACUGAGGAUGAGGACGAUGACGACUACUGAAUAGUUAUAAAUAAAUUCAAUCAUUGUGCUGUCAUACAGCGAAUCAACUCAUUUUGUAUAUACCUUUGCCACGUUUCGUUAUGCCAUAUUAUGAAUUGUAUUUUCUUAAUACUGAGAGAAAGUUUUGAAAAUAAAGUAAUUUGUGACA